UCAAUGUGUAACCAUUGCUCACAGCGGUGAACUUUACUUUGUGCCGGUCAAUAUUUGCAUGAGCAAAAAAAAGUGUUUUUCUAAUUAAAUUGCAGCAAUCCAUUAAAAGUUCUCAUAAUUGAAAAAGUGAUUAAAAUCGAGUUAAUUGAAAAUUCUUGGGCUUUUAUCAAAUUCAAUCAAAGUUCUAUGUCUGACGAACGUUUGUGAUAUAAAUAUAUAUAUAUAUAUAUCAUUUUUAAUUUUCUUCAAGGGUCACACAGUUGGUUUCGACAUUGUAAUUUUGACGACGAUAUUGUUGUUGUUGUUUUUGUCAUUGUUGCUAGUAUCGCUAAAGCGUUCAUGCACAAGCCAACAAUAUGGAUGACAAAAUAAGAAGCAGUGGUAAUGAACCAAAUGAUGGAGACGAUAGUCAACAGAAAACGUCAAGAAGAAGACGAACACCAUCGGCCGAACCAUCGGAUCGGAAUGAUGGAAAAACAAAACGCAAAUCGCGUUCGCGGUCGGUGAAUUCACACUCCAGGUCGCCAUCACGUGAUCGAAGUAGUCGUAGACGUCGUAGCCGAUCAAGAGGCCAUUACAGUCCGGACCGACGAUAUGGACGACAAUUCAAUCGAGGUGGUUACCAGCGAGACUUUUACAAUCGUCGAAGACAAUCACGGUCACCCGGUUUUCGCGGUCGCAACCGAAAUGCACGUCGAAGUCGAAGUACCAGCUUUGAUCGGUAUAGAAAUCGACGCAAUGCAUCAUCAUCGCGGGAACGUUCACAGAGCCAAGGGCGUGAAAAUAGCCGAGCUCCAGCACAACAGCCACCACCACCUCCACCAACAGCAGCCGCGACAAACUAUCCGAACGAUUAUGCACCAACACAUUUUCAACCCGAAUUUGUUGCACAACAUCAAUCUUUUCCAAAUGCUCAGCCAUUCGGAAAUUAUGACUAUCAUCCAAUGAUGCAACCGCCUCCUACAUCGUUUCCAGCCUAUCCUCCACCCACACAAGAUUACGUAUGGAAUGCACAAGUGCCACCACCACCAAUCAUUAGUUGUGCACCAGCUGCAUCCGAUUCGACAGUCAGUCAACCAGUUCCAACGCUACCAAUCAAUGAAACCGACGAAGAACAACAAAAGCGGCAAGCUGCCAUUGCUGCUGAAAAGAAAAUCCAACGCGAUACAAUUCGCAAGCAACGCGAUGAUUAUAUUUGUCGAGCGAGUGCAUUGAAACGUGAACUGAUCACGUUGAAAGAACAGCGUGAAGAAUUAACGGGCGAUGUGCCGCCAAGUCCAACAACAAAUGGUUUUAUCUUACAAAAUGAUCGAUUGCAGGCACAAAUUGAAAAUAAAAUUAGUACAAUCGAAAAUGUAAUUGAAAUGUUGAAUGGAAUAUUAAGCGCCGAUAAAUCGGACAAUGAAUCUCCCAAGAAAUUAAAAGUAGCACCAAAACAAGAAAAUUCGGAUGAUAGUUCACCAGAACGUUUGAAGACGAAAUUAAUCGAAAGCUUAACAAAGAAGCGCAAAGGAAGUGAACGAAGCCGAAAAGAUGAAAAAUCAUCAAAAUCGGCCCCUAUACCACCUGUUGAACAGAUAAACUUUACAUUUUUCGAUCCAGAACAACAUUGGUGUAAGGCAUGUUCAACAUUUCCAAAAACAGCCAAGGAAUAUUUAUUACAUUUGCAUAGCGACGAGCAUAAGAACAAUGUGAAACCACCGGAAAUUCCAUGGCACGAACAUUUGGUGAAGGACGAUAUGCCCACAUAUCCAAAUGCGGCCACCAAACGAACUCCAAUACGGGGUCUUCAAUUUUUCGUACCGUCGACCGCAUGGUAUUGCAAACUAUGCUCAAUUUGGAUUGGUGAUUUGCAUUGUGCCUCAUCGCACCUUAAGUCGCAAACACAUGCCAGAGAAUACGAGAAAUUCAUUGUGAAAAAUCCACUCUUCGAAAAUGAAUGGUUGGAAGAACGACAAAAAGCAUUCGAUGUGCAUCGGGAAAAAGAAAAGGAGCAAAGUCAAAAGGUGAUUGCACCGCCAUCGCCACCCAAAAUCAGUUCGCAAAAAUCCAACAGUAGUAGUUCGAAUCCAACAGUAGUUGCAGCGCCACCGCCGCCGCAUAUUUCUCCAUAUGGAAAUGCGGCAGCGAAUCGUUUAUUCGAUGGUAUACCAUUGCAAAUCAAUCAACGUACUAAAGAUCUUAAAGAGGUCGUUGCAUUGAAUGAAGAAACGGUUGAGAAGAAAAAAGGCAAAAAGAAGAAGAAGGAAAAGAAGAAGCGAAAGAAGUCAAAAAAGAAGCAUCGUCAUUCGUCGUCAAGUUCGUCUUCAAGUUCGGAAGAGUCAUCGAUCAGUCGAAGUCCAGAGAGAAAAGAAUCAAACGAAAAAAUCAUCGAUUCAACCACAUCAAUUCGGGUGGCGAUGCGUAAUGCUGUCAAUGCAGUACCAGCACGAGCACAUUUGAAACCAAAAUCAGAUGAUGAAGAAACACCUCGAGAUACUGGUAGCAGCGCCGGUGGUUGGACAGUUGUUCAACCCGAACCAAAGGCAAUAGCUCCAAAGGCACCGACGAUCAGCGCAAAUGGCGAGGCACAAAAUCGACGAGAUGAGGCGAUGCUCUCACAAUGGACACCAUUGCCAGUUAUUAGCGAUCAAGAAAAGCAGCUAUUCGAGCAACUUAAGGGCAAAAUGAAAAAUCGCGAAGAAAAGAAAAAGGAUAAAACGCCACCGCCAACAAUAGUACAUAAUGCAAAUGUUCAACUGAAGCUGAAUCCACCGCAGCAGCAGAACGAGGACACAACCGAUCGAUCGUCAAUGGCCAGCGAUAGACGUCGCAAUGACAGCGAUCAAGCAUUCAAAGAGGUCAAAGAGAAAGAUCGACGUGAUACAUAUCGUAAAAGACGAUCUCGUUCACCAUCUUCACCUUAUCGGGAUUGGCGCAGCCCAAGACGCGAUAGACGUAAAAGAAGUCGAACCCGCAGUCGAUCAUUGUCCCCAAGACGUGAUAGACGAUACAGUCGUAGCCCAAGACGUGAUAGACGCAGAGAUUCACGUUAUUCACGUUCAAGAUCCCGAGAUCGCCACAGCGAAAAGAGCGAUUUGAAAUCGGACAAAAAUACCAAAGCUUCUGAUAAAAAAUCAAAUGCAGCAGCGAAAAAAGCAGCAACGAUUCCUGGCAAAAAAUUACCAUUCAUUGGACGCAUGCCAGUCUUCAAAAAACAAUCAACAGAAGAUGAAUCGAAGAAGCAAGAUCUAUCAAAUGACAUUUCCGAAGAAGAAAAAAUGAUUAAAAAGAAAAAGCAAGACGAAUUGAAAUUCCAAAUCCAUCAAAAACAACAGAUGUUACAGUUGCAACAAAAACAGGCCGAAGCCUAUAAUUUAGCGCAUCCCGGACAAUUUGCAAAUAUUUACAAUACACAUGGGAUUCAUGGCAUUAUUUUGCCAACCGUACAACCAGAAGAAUAUGAUUUGAUGCCGGAUCCGACAUAUGAUCCAAUGCAGUAUGCAAUGAUGACUGCAGCACCCCCACCACCAAUGCCAGAACCUGUAAUACCUCACUUUGAAGAGCAAAGUGAACCCGUACUACCACCAGGAAUCGAUGAAGAGGAAGCGGAAAAUAUGGAACUAGAAGCAGCGGUCCCACCACCGCCACCACCAUCUGACAGAGGAAAUUUACCAAAAGAUUUUCAAGAUGCAUUGAGCAUUAUAUUCGAUAAAGGUGCAGAAAAUCAAAGCGCUGAGAAUGUAGUCGCAGCACCAGCUGAUCACGAAAGUCCUAGCGAAGGCAACGAUGUUGUGAUGCAAGAUGAUGCAUCUAAUUUUGUACAAAUGGACAUGUCUUCAGACUCACACCAGCCACUCAUUGAACAAGAUCAAAGCAAUGGUGCGGUGUUGGCUUCAACCACUAGCAUCGAAAUGGACGAACAGUCACAGUAUGCUUUGCUAUAUGCUGACGACCAUUAUGCACAAAAUCAUGUACAGCAAUCGAUUGAGCCAUCAUUGUCAACGACCAUUGGUGAUCUAUCGACUCAAAAUAUUCCAACACCACCCAUUCAAAUAUUAGAUGCAGCUGGUAAUCUGACGAAAAUUCCUGGACCAGUAUUAGAAGUUAGUAAUAACUUUGUUAUGUUGGAUCCGGAUGGAAAUCGCAUUGAUGACCCGAAUACAAAGUAUGUUGGCACAGCUGAAAGUGAACAUGAAAUUGAAAUGCAGAAAAAGCGGCAGCAAGAACUAGACGAUCUCGCCAUGUUGGGAAUUGACGCAGAUGAUUUAGCUGCUCAACAGCUUUAAGGGAAAAAAUCAGUUUUUUUUCACACACGCUCUCCGAUAGAACUAUAUACCUUUUGAACACGGGAAAACAAAAAAAAAGUGAUUUUAAUUCACUAAGUCGACUUUUUUUUUUAUUAGGUUUUGUUCUCAUUUUCCUAAAUGUUAUUUCAUAAAUGGUACAAGAGACAACAUUAUGAUUUCGAAAUAAAAAUUACUUUAAUCAAAAAUUUAAAA